UACUUUGUCUGGAUGUGAAGUAUUUCAGAGUCAUCAGCAAAGAACUGAUAACCUAAACCAGGGGAGCAAAUGAGAUAUUAAGGGAAAAGACCAGAGAGCCCAAGAGACAAGGAAGAACCUGAAAAGGAAGAAAGGAGAAAAAUAAACAUCGUGUUAUGUCAUAGGGAAGUAAUUUCAGGGGGAGGGAGUGGUCACUACCCAAAUGCUACCCCAAAGCCAAGUAGGAUGACCUCUGAAAAGAGUCUUUUGGAUUUCCUGACAUAAGCUAUGGCAGACGUUUGGGGGAAGGAGUCAAGGUGAAUUGGAGCAAGGUUAAAGAUGAAAGAUACCUGAGUGUAUUUAAAGUCGUUGAGAAGGAACUCGGGACAAAUCCAGAGGUUCGGCGUUAAGAAUUCAAGACCUCUUCUCUCGUGUCUCCUGUUUAUUCCAUGUAGUAAAGAGGACUGCACCAGGGAAACCGGAUCCUGGUUAAAAGUUUGUCCCUUGAUCCUGGCCAGAGUCUUGAGCCUCAUCCAGAAGGCCCCCAACGACUCCGUUCAGAUCCAGGCCCUCCCACUGAAACCCCCGGCCCACGUCCUUCACCACUGAAGCGGGCACCAGGCCCAAAGCCGCAGGUUCCCCCAAAGCCCAGCUACUUGCAGAUGUCCCGGAUGCUUCCUCCACCUGAGCCCAUUCCUCCGCCACCAUCGCGCCCUCUGCCUGCAGACCCUAGAGUGGCCAAGGGUCUUGCCCCCCGAGCUGAGGCCAGCCCCAGUUCCGCAGCAGUGUCGUCCUUGAUUGAGAAGUUUGAAAGAGAGCCUGUGAUUGUCGCCUCGGAUAGGCCAGCCCCUGGCCCCUGCCCAGUUCCCCCAGAGCCAGCCAUGUUGCCACAGCCACCCCCGCAGCCAACAGUGUCCCAGCUCCCUGAGGGUGAGGCUUCACGCUGCCUGUUCCUGCUGGCUCCUGGGCCCCGGGAUGGUGAGAAGGUACCUAACCGGGACAGCGGCAUUGACAGCAUCAGCUCGCCAUCCAACAGCGAAGAGACCUGCUUCGUCAGUGAUGACGGGCCCCCCAGCCACAGCCUCUGUCCUGGGCCUCCUGCCCUGGCGAGUAUGCCAGUUGCUUUGGCCGACCCCCACCGGCCUGGCUCCCAGGAGGUUGACAGUGACCUGGAAGAGGAAGACGAGGAGGAGGAAGAGGAGGAAGAGAAGGAAAGAGAAAUUCCAGUGCCCCCACUGGAGAGACAGGAGUCUGUGGAGCUGACUGUGCAACAGAAGGUGUUCCAUAUUGCCAAUGAGCUCCUACAAACCGAGAAGGCCUAUGUUUCCAGGCUCCAUCUCCUGGAUCAGGUAUUCUGUGCCCGGCUGCUGGAAGAAGCUCGGAACCGCAGUUCCUUCCCUGCUGAUGUUGUCCACGGCAUCUUCUCGAACAUCUGCUCCAUCUACUGCUUCCACCAGCAGUUCCUGCUGCCUGAGCUAGAGAAGCGCAUGGAGGAAUGGGACCGCUAUCCACGCAUUGGUGACAUCCUUCAGAAGUUGGCACCCUUCCUCAAGAUGUACGGCGAGUAUGUGAAAAACUUCGACCGGGCUGUAGAGCUGGUCAACACGUGGACAGAGCGCUCUACGCAGUUUAAAGUCAUCAUCCAUGAAGUGCAGAAGGAGGAGGCCUGUGGCAACCUGACCUUGCAGCACCACAUGCUGGAGCCCGUGCAGCGGAUCCCCCGCUAUGAGCUUCUUCUCAAGGACUAUCUGUUAAAGCUGCCUCAUGGCUCCCCGGACAGCAAGGAUGCCCAGAAGUCUUUGGAGCUGAUAGCCACAGCAGCAGAGCACUCUAAUGCUGCCAUCCGAAAAAUGGAACGAAUGCACAAGCUGCUGAAGGUCUAUGAGCUGCUAGGGGGUGAGGAGGACAUUGUCAGUCCCACCAAAGAGCUCAUAAAAGAAGGCCAUAUCCUUAAGCUGUCAGCAAAGAAUGGGACCACUCAAGAUCGAUACCUCAUAUUAUUCAACGACCGCCUCCUCUACUGCGUGCCCAGGCUGCGGCUCCUUGGCCAGAAGUUUAGCGUGCGGGCACGCAUUGAUGUAGAUGGCAUGGAGCUAAAGGAGAGCUCCAACCUCAACAUGCCUCGGACCUUCCUGGUGUCAGGAAAGCAGCGUUCUCUGGAACUCCAGGCCAGGACUGAGGAGGAGAAGAAAGACUGGGUCCAGGCCAUCAACUCCACCCUCCUGAAGCAUGAACAGACCCUGGAGACUUUCAAACUGUUGAAUUCUACAAACAGGGAUGAUGAAGAUACUCCCCCUAACUCUCCAAACGUGGACCUUGGGAAGAGGGCACCUACGCCUAUCCGGGAAAAGGAAGUCACCAUGUGCAUGCGCUGCCAGGAGCCCUUCAAUUCCAUCACCAAGCGCAGGCAUCACUGCAAGGCCUGUGGGCAUGUGGUUUGUGGAAAAUGCUCUGAGUUCCGGGCCCGCCUCAUCUAUGACAACAACCGUUCCAACCGUGUGUGCACUGAUUGCUAUGUGGCCUUGCAUGGGACACCUGGGAGCAGUCCAGCCUGUAGCCAGCAUACACCCCAGCGCAGGAGGUCCAUCCUAGAGAAACAGGCCUCGGUGGCUGCUGAGAACAGCGUCAUCUGCAGCUUCCUGCACUACAUGGAGAAGGGUGGGAAAGGAUGGCACAAGGCAUGGUUUGUGGUUCCUGAGAAUGAACCCUUGGUGCUGUACAUCUAUGGAGCCCCUCAGGAUGUGAAAGCCCAGCGCAGCCUGCCCCUCAUUGGCUUUGAGGUGGGGCCUCCUGAGGCAGGGGAGCGGCCUGACAGGAGGCACGUCUUCAAGAUCACACAGAGCCACCUAAGCUGGUACUUCAGCCCAGAGACAGAAGAACUCCAGCGGCGCUGGAUGGCUGUGCUCGGCAGGGCGGGCCGUGGGGACACAUUCUGCCCAGGGCCCACACUGUCUGAGGACAGGGAGACGGAGGAGACACCAGGGGCAGCCACAGGAGCCACUGCUGAACCUCCUGAAGCCUCCCAGACCCGAGACAAGACCUAGAGGGUUUGGGGGGGAACUAGAAACUCCUGCCCCACACUCCAGCUGCCCAUGUUCAAUUGGGGGCUCCAGCCCACUCCCAAUGCAGUCAAUACUUGAAUUCCCAUCACGGGCACUUUCAAUCCCGAAUGCUGGGUCUUGGGUUUUUUAAUUCAUCUUUUCACAAAAUGUGGGCUUUUUAAAAACUAUUCCUACAUUGAUGUUAAUUUUUUAAAUCCCUGUCCCCAGGGAGGGCAGGAGCUAAUUGCUAGACUCACUUGAAUUAGGCUGUUUCCUCCCAAUACCCCACAGAUCCUACUUCCACCCAGUUCCCCACAAAAGCACCAGAGGCAGGAGACCUGGAUUCAAGUGCCAGCUCUGUUACUGACCCUGGAACCCCAACCUACCCUUGUCUCCUCAGCCAGUGUCUUCACGUGUAUGACUUUACAUGGGGCGGUAACUAGACCCUUCUUGCCUUUCCCAUGGCUUAUAGCUUCUACCUAGCCCCAAAGCAAUCCAGUAUUUUAUCGUCCAGACCCAUGGCAGGGCCACUGGGGCAGGACGGGAAUGGGAGGGGGGAGGACAAUGGAUACUGUUUUUUAAAGAAAAAUACAGUUUAUUUCAGGCUUACAGUAACUUUCAGAA